GGGAAGAAAAACGUCAGAUAGAGAAGUAAAGUCAACAUAGAAAAAAAGGAAGGACAUUGACUCAGCAGUUGCAGUCUGAGGGGACAAGAGGAAGAGGAAAGCUCAGUGUGCAAGUGUGUGCUGAGUUUUACAUUUUGUUGUUUUUCUCCUGCCGUGCAAUCUACUCCAUGGAGGACACACAGGUGGCCAGGACCAUAGAGUUGAAUGAUGGCACACGAAUGCCAAUUUUGGGUCUGGGGACAUGGAAGUCCUCACAUCUUCCCCGCACCUCGGUCCAGGGUGCAGUGGAGACUGCCAUUGCGGCCGGCUAUCGCCAUAUAGACACUGCUCUCUGCUACAAAAAUGAAGUUGAUAUUGGCAAGGCUCUGCGCUCCAAAAUAGAGCAAGGCAUCAUCAGGCGCCAGGACAUGUUCAUCGUCAGUAAGCUGUGGUCUACCUUCCAUGCCCCAGAGGACAUCCCUGUGUGUCUGAAUAAGUCCCUGAAUGAUCUCCAGCUGGACUACCUGGAUCUUUACCUUGUGCAUUUUCCUGUUGGCCUACAGAAAAUUGGUGAUGAGUUUUUCCCGAAGAAGGAUGGAAAGAUUCUGACCUCUGACAUAGACUAUGUAGAUGUAUGGAGGGGAAUGGAAGCCCUGCAGGCCUCAGGGAAAGUGAAGAGUAUUGGUGUGUCCAACUUCAGCAUCCUGCAGCUGGAGAGAGUCCUUGCUCUGUGCAGGGUGCCCCCUGCUGUCAAUCAGAUCGAGCUACAUCCCUACCUGGUGCAGACAGACAUGAUAGAGUUCUGUAAAUCCAAGAACGUCGCUUUAACUGCCUACAGUCCCUUCGGCUCACCUGCCAGACCCCCAGAGCUGCUCAGAGGAGACACAGAUCCACAUAAGCUCCUGGAGGACCCAGUCGUAACAGACAUAGCCAAGAAGCACAGACGCACCACUGCACAGGUAUUACUGAGGUACCAUGUGCAGCAGGGUAUUUCAGUCAUCCCUAAGAGCGACAAGCCUCAUCACAUCCUUGAAAACACAAAGAUCUUUGACUUCAGUCUGACUGAAGAAGACAUGACAGCACUGAGAGGACUAAACCGAGGCUGGAGGACUUUGGCCCUUGACGAGACCAAGUCUCAUCCAUACUACCCGUUUGAAUAAGGCUGCCAGGAGACAAAAGAGACAGCGAACUGGAUCUUCUGAUCAACAUCAACAAGACAAAGAGUAGCUAAGUGCAGUCUACCUACAGUAUCACCUGCUGUAAUUCAUCAGUGCCUUCUUUACAUGAUAAUAAUGAUGAUGUGAAAGUGAAGACAAAUCUAAGGACAAUUCAGUUUCUCAAUGUUAUGAAUGUGACAAAGAUCAGGGCACUGAUAAGCUCUGAGAAAUGAGAUGCUAAAUUUUAUGUUUUCAUUUUAUGAAUAAAAUACUGUACAUUUGUGUUUACACAAAUCAUUUUUAAUUAAAGUCAGUAUGACAGGUUAAGACUUACAAAUUAAUUAUAAAUUAAAUUACAACACACUGAGCACAUUAUUUUUUAUUACAUACACUUUCAGUAUAUGUGUGUUAAGGUUGGCAUUGCUGGGUGCACCUUCAAAAAGCAUGAAGCUCUUUCGCUGCAACAAUUUGUGCUUUGGUGUCUAACAGAGAACAGACAAGCCUUUUCAGUCUGUAGAUCACUUUAAGUCUGUCCUUAUAAUUAUUAAAUAACAAACAAACAAAGCAUUUAAUUAAUGUACUAAAGAGGCAGUGGUUACAAUGUCUGUUGUAGACACUGUCAGUUCCACAACUUUUGGUCACCUAAAGCAGAUGGAGCUUGGAGCUGGAAUGAGGAUGAGGAGGCACGUCGCUCAUUUUUAUGGUAAUGUGUUCCACCUCAAUGGUCACCUGAUCCGAUACCUGGCAGUGGAAGUGUGCCUGUACAGUGCUAAUGCUCAGGCAUUUGUUACUCAACUAUAGGUCUUGUAGGAGAUGCUCCACAAAUAAAAGCACAACAAAUUCUUUCUUCCAGCCCAUUGCCCUAACUAAACAGUGUUGUGGGUUUGGCACUGGUCUGAGAACCAGUAGACAAAAACAGCUUAGUAACGGACCCAAGUAUAAAAGAACAAAUAAAACAAACUAUAGACGAAUACUUCACAAUUAAUGAUAAUGGAUCAGUAUCCCCCUCAACUCUUUGGGAUGGGGUGAAGGCAGUGCUGAGAGGGAAGUGUAUUGAAAUUGCUGUCAAACUAAACAAACAGAGAAUGGAAAGGGAAAAACAGUUGGAAAGCGAUAUAAAAAGACUAGGACAUGAACACAAAGUGACCAGAGAUGAAAGUGUAUUGAAGCAAUUACAAGACUGUAGAACUUCCCUGGAUGAACUCCUCACACGAAAAGCUGAGGGAGCGCUUCAAUACACAAGCCAAAGCUGAGGCAUUUCAAAUUUUUUAUAAAAAGC